GCGGCAACAGAGUGGCAUUCGCGUCACCAAGCAUGCUGAGUGGUCUCAGGCUGGCGUGCGACCCCUGUCCAGCCCUAGAUGCGCACGGCGCGAACAGCAAAUUGGCUGGUCAUCUCGUCUCACUGGCGUACACGACUCACGCAUCCCCGGAACCCAGGAUCAUCGGUGGCACAGAGCGCGCUGCAAGCUAGCCGUGAGGUAGUGCAGCUGCUGUACGCGGGAGACGCUGCACGAGGCCGCUUACGGUGAGCUUUUAGCCCAGCAUGGCGGGCGACUACGAAGCCGAGUUCGAGUAUAUCGACGGCGCGCUCCCGCCAAAGGAGCGCAUGACCGCGUAUGAGUUUCUGCGGCAAGCAGAGAAGCCGUUGCCCUCCAUUCCAUCUCCGACGCUCACAAACCCUGAGAUGGUACUACCAGCAGUCAUGGAGUUUUCGGCGCUGCCUUCCCCACCACGAAGCGUGAGAAGGCCGCCGAGCCCGAGUUACCUGCGAAAGACGGCGAGUUCAGAAUCCAAUGGCCGGUCGGUAGCGCCAAAGAAGGAGAAACGAGGCCUGAUGAGUCGGAAGAUGAUGCUGUUGCGCAGUCGAACAGGCAGUGGGCUCGCCGCCAACACUAGCCAGCAACAGCACGCUUCGCCCAGCAUUCCUUCCGACUCGGACAUGGGAUCGACCUACAACCCCGCCUAUGCGUCCUCGCCCACGCUAAUGGAUGUCGGAAACCUUGCGCCUGCCCGAACAUCAGAGGAGCGACGAACAAGCACUGCCAGCUCGUUCAAUAGCGAGGAGUUUGCGGGCAUUCCCAGCUUUCUGGCCAGAUACGGCACUCCGGACGGGGCGUCAACUGACGACGACACCAUGGACAGCGUUGACAGCUCCGUGCCAAGGAAGUAUGGCUAUAGCGUAAGUAUAGCAGGAGGCCUGGAUGCGCAUAGGAAGCAGCAGGAGGAAGAGGAGCAUAACUCGGCGAUAUUGAGCAAGCGUGCCGAGCAGAUUCUUGCAAAUGCUAAGAAGCGGUUAAAUCUCAUGGAGGGCAAUCUGCGAGGUGCGAGAGAUCUGGUAGCCGCGCCAUUGACAGCCGCCAAUCUCAAGCGCGCGGCUUCCUUGGGCUCGUCUUACCAUUCAACCAGUCUCGUCUCAACCGGUCGCCCUUACAACUCGUACAGCCAGCAGCCUACACGCAUCUUGCACUCCCAAGCAAGCUCGCCAACAAUGGGCUACACUUACGCCAACCAUGCACGUGGUUUCGGCGAGGCCGCACUACCGGAAAGGCCGCAGACCGCACUCGGGAGAUCGAGCAACGACAUCGCGAGACACGCUCAAGUACCCGUGCGAGCGAACGAUGCCCCAUGGACGAGCAGUCUGCGAGGUAGUCGAAGCUACGACUCGCUCGGCACGAACAGCAUGCCUGUGCGCGGUAGUCCCUUGCUUGCGAAAGGCUCGCCCGACUCGAACCUCGAGCCGCUACCAGAAGACGACGGUUCCCAACAGGCGCAAUCAGCACGCAACAGUGCCAUCGAGGACGAACAGACUGCUGGACUGGGUCUCUUCCAACCGGCCUCACGGACCGACGAUCUGCGCGAGCAGAUGAGCAGCUUGAAAGGAAAGAUCUCGACCCUAAAAGAGCGAGCGCGCGAAGAUAGCCUUCGACGACAGAGCUUGCAGAAUCUCCGGACGUCUUCUCCGUUCACGAACGCCACCUCUAGCCCACCGGAGUUCUUCUACACGCAAUCGCAGAACUAUGGCAGUCCCGUGCUUGACACGAAUGCCGGGGUUGGGCGGACCUCGAAUCCCAAUAGUCCUGCCACGCCGGUGUCGAUGCAGAAGUUUUGGAGUGUGCAGCCUGUUGUGCUUAGGACUGGGAAUGCGUUUGCGGAGCAGGCAGCGGCGGCGCAGAAGGCGAGGGAGUUGCAGCAGCAGCAGCAGCAGCAGCAACAACAACAAGAACCCCAGCAACCCGUACAGGAAAUAUGGCAGCAGCAGCAAGACAACCUCGCUCCAAGCUUUCCGGAGCGUACGGCUUCCAUGAAGGGCAAGCGGAAGCCCGUUGCCGAAACACUGACAACGGCCAACAUCUCGCACAAACGUACGCCAAGUGGCACCGCCAUUAUCGCCCCUGCUUCAAGCCGGUACUCACACCACCAAGACCUGCCGAGCGUGGAUAUGCCAGGCGCCUACGCCCCCUCAGAGGCGGAAGACCGAGUGGAGUACGAAGACUACGACGUCUCACCGCUUCCAUCCGACGAAGACGUGACGCCAGACUACAACCACAACGUGUCAGAAGAAGAAGAAGAAGGUAGUGUCUACGAAGACGCGGCAUAUAACCAGCCGCCCGUUGUUGCACACGAAGACCGAGACGACGCGUUCGACUACGAACAUUUCUUCCUGCAUAGCGCAAUGGGCAGCUAUAGCAACGGGGUUGACCGUCGCCAUUCCAUCUCAAGCGAGGACUCCGUCUCCUCUACGGAAACGGCUCGCGGUCCCGCCGCCGAAAUCCGCGAAGACGAAGACAACCAAUUCGAUCCGAACUCCGCCAUCUACCCGCCACCAACGCCUCAAACCCCCGAACGACUGAAGGAAAUCGAGCGAAACCUCCACCGUCGCACUACAUCAAACGACAGCAUAAGCACCCUCGCCACCUUCGCAACCGCAACCGAAGGACUCGAAUCCUCGCCAGCCGAGCGCUCGCGACAGGCGACGGCAAAGGAAUGGCCGAUCCCGCCUCCCUCCCCUCAACCUCGCUCCCACCCGAACAGCCGACCCACCUCACGCCCGGGUACAGCUAUUCCCCACAAGCGCCACACCCCCGAAUCCAACCGGGACAGCGGCUCCGACCGCGCGGACUCCGGCGUGGGGUUGACGAACGGCUACACCCACACUCACGACAAUGCCCACGCGAACGCGACGACCAAGCGGCUCCCGAGCGCACUAACCCCGCGCUCUCCACCACCACCACCACCACCACCAGCCAAUACCGCUACCACUACCACUACCACUACUCCGUCCGCGGCAAGACUGGCGACCCCGCCCACGUCACCCCGAUUAGGCGAUCCGGUGACGAUAGCCGUGAACGCGUUACUGGAUCCGGGGGGCAGGGCGCUGGGGUUGAAGGAUAAGGCCGUGCUGUUUGGGGUGGUGGAGAGUUUGAGGAGGGUGGUGCUGAGGUUGCAGGAUGGGUUGGAGGCAGCGCAGGAGGAAGGGGAGGGAGUGGCGGAGGGGUUGGGGUUGGGGUUGGCGGGGGUGAGGGGGAGGUUGGAGGGGGCUAGGCGGUGUUUGGAUGGGGUUGGUGAGUUGUGAGUGAGUGAGUGAGCGAGUGAGUGAAUUUGGUUUGGGGUGGGUUUGGUCUGGUUGAUAGGAGGGGGUUGAGUAGGGUGUGAGGUGUUCAUGGUGGGUAGCGCCUAUACGGGCGAGGGUGCUUGUGUAUACACUAC